AUGGACAAGAAUGCCAUCCUCGACGACCUCACGGACAGCGAGUACUACACGUUUGAUCCUGAAGGUUACGAUGAUGAUGACAUGGACCUAGAUAUAUCGACUGACACAUAUGGUGCGAAAUCUAUCGAUCCUUUUGACUUCGUGUACUCGAACCUACCAGACAGUACGUACAUUCUGAAGCCAGAACCGGACUGCGAACACUGUAAUGCCAAGAAGUUCGAGCGUGAGACCGACGGUUUCUGUUGUCGAAAUGGAACUAUCAAGCUAGCUGAACCAGAGCCUAUCCCGGAGCUCAUGAGGCUAUGGUCUAGCGCGGAUGCGGACUCUCGGCAUUUUCGGGAGAGCAUACGAUUCUUCAACGGCCACUUCUCAUUCACAACUCUUGGUGUCAGCCUAGACAACAGCUGCACCAACAUGAGGUCUGGGGUGUACACAUUCCGGGCGCAAGGCAAAUUGUACCACAACAUGCAUUCGUUCGGGCCAAACUCUCGCCCGGAACAUCUACAACUCUACUUCUACGAUGAUGAUCCCAGCCUAAUCCAUCGCAAGGAAGCCACCAAGGAUUUGGACCAAGAGGUCGUGAGGAAGGUUGUGGACAUACUAAGAGGAAACCCCUACUCCGAGCAGUUUAGGAGUUUGGGCGCCUACAAGGACAACCUCGAGAACUACCGUAUAGAACUGAACACCGACAACAAGCUUGACCAACGGAGAUAUAAUUUACCGUUGUCAUCCGAGGUGGCUGCGAUCUGGGUUGAGGGGAGCGACCUGGCAAAUAGAUUCAAGCGCAGUAUUAUCCUCUACGGUGACAACAACGAGAGACAUAGUAUACAGGCCACACAAGGAUGCUAUGACCCGCUCUCGUACCCCCUCUUUUUCCCAAAAGGGGAGCUCGGCUGGCAUCCAAAUCUUCCUAAACGUGAUACGCCUUGGAACGUUGCGCAAAAGUCAAGAGAGGACCGUGACGACGAAGAUGGAGGUGGCCAUAUAUGCGUCUCCGUUAGGGACUACUACUGUUACCGACUACAGACGCGUCCAGCUAUAUUCAACCCCAUACUACAUGGCGGGCGUCUGUUCCAACAGUUUGCAGUCGACAUGUACAUAAAGAUUGAGGGAUGCAGGCUGAGUUGGUUCAGGGACCACCAGCCGGAGAUACGUGCGGAUCUAUAUAAAGGAAUUGUGGAUAGCAUCACGGCCGGAGAGACUCGUGCAAGCACUGUUGGAACAAGGAUUGUUCUCCCGUGGAAGUUCCAAGGGGGCUUCCGAGACAUGAAGCGUAGACAUAUGGACGCCAUGGCGUUGGUCCAGACGUACGGCAAGCCUGACAUCUUCUUGACGAUGACCUGCAACCCUAACUGGCAGGAGAUACAUGAUGCACUACUUCCAGGACAAACCCCUCAGGACCGACCAGACAUUGUGGUCCGAGUGUUUAGGGCCAAGCUCGAGAUGAUGAAAGAGAUGCUGACCAAGAAGCAUAUUUUGGGCGUUGUGAAGGCCUACGUCUACGUGGUUGAGUUCCAGAAGAGGGGCCUCCCGCACGCCCAUUUCCUGUUGAUCAUGGACUCAAAAUAUAAGCUUAUUGUGCCAGAGCAAUACGACCGCGUCAUAUCCGCCGAGCUCCCGGACAAGAAUAAGUACCCCGAGCUAUACGCCAUAGUCGUGAAGCAUAUGAUGCACGGCCCAUGCGGUGUCCUCAAGCCAAACAACGUGUGCAUGCAAGAUGGGUCGUGCAAGUGUAGGUACCCGCGGGAAUUCAACGAAACCACCGUACAGGGGAAGGACUCAUAA